AUGGCAAAGGACAAGAGCACCAAGAAGGCCGCCGCCCCCAAGGUCGAGACCACCAAGGUCAAGUCUGGCCGUGUCUCCAAGGCCGAGGCCCCCAAGGUCAACAGCAAGGACGUCGCAAAGAAGGUCGCCGACGCCACCAAGAAGUCCAAGAAGAGCAAGAAGGAGCCUACCCCCGAGCCCUCCAGCUCUUCCGACUCCGACGAGGAGAUGGACUCCGACAGCUCUUCCGACUCCGAGUCUGAGGCCGAGGCCAAGCCCGUCUCUAAGAAGGCCGCCAAGAAGGAGGAGUCCUCUGACUCUUCCGACUCUGACAGCUCUGAGGACGAGAAGCCCGCCGCUAAGGCCGUCGCCGCCGAGACUUCUGACUCUGACUCCGAUAGCAGCGACGACGAGUCUGACGCUAAGCCCGCAGCAAAGAAGGCCGACUCUUCCGACUCUGACAGCUCUGACUCCGAGUCUGAGGCUGAGAAGCCCGCUGCCAAGGCCGACUCUUCCGACUCCGACUCGUCCGACUCUGACUCCGACUCCGAGGAGGAGGUUAAGAAGGUUGAGGAGCCCAGCAAGAAGCGCAAGGCCGAGGAGGCUCCCGCUGCUGCCUCCAAGAAGGUCAAGGCCGAGGGCACCUUCGGCGAGCCUAGCAAGGUUCUCUUCGUCGGUGGUCUCUCAUGGAACGUCGAUGAGGACUGGCUCUCCAAGGAGUUCGAGGAGUUCUCUCCCGUCUCCGUCAGAGUCAUCACCCACGCCGACUCUGGUCGCUCCAAGGGUUUCUCAUAUGUCGAGUUCGCCGACAUCGAUGCCGCCACUGAGGCUCUCAACGCCAAGCACGGUACCGACCUUGAUGGCAGAACCCUCAAGUGCGACUUCAGCACUCCCAGAGACAACAGCAACCGCAGCUACGACAAGAACCAGGUCGGUGCUCGCGCCAACACCUUCGGCGACAAGCAGCAGGGUGCUCCUUCCACCACCCUCUUCGUUGGUAACGUUUCAUUCAACACUACCACCGACAGCCUUACUGGCUACUUCUCCGAGUUCGGUUCCAUCAACAGCAUCCGUCUCCCCACCGACCGCGAGACUGGCGCCCCUAAGGGCUUCGGUUACGUCGAGUUCGGCUCCGUUGACGAGGCCAAGGCUGCUCUUGAGGGCUUGAACGGCGCUGACGUCGAUGGCCGCAACAUCCGCCUGGACUUUGCUGCUCCCCGUGAUAACAACGGUGGCGGUGGUGGCUUCGGCGGUGGCCGUGGCGGCGGUGGUUUCGGUGGUGGCCGCGGUGGUGGUCGCGGUGGCUUCGGCGACCGUGGCGGCCGUGGUGGUGGUCGUGGCCGUGGCGGUUUCGGUGACCGUGGUGGUCGUGGUGGCCGCGGUGGUGGCCGUGGUGGCUCUACCAACCGUGGUGGCUUCGGUGACUUCCAGGGCAACCGCAUGUCUUGUAAGUAA